AUGGCUACAACUACCGAGCUCAGGUCUCGGAAAAGGCUUGACAAUGACAAUACCGCCGACUUCGCCAAAGAGCACAUCACCGGUGGCUGGCGACCCGGCAUGGAUCCCAAGGUUGACUACUCGGGGCACUUUGAGUUUGGCGGCUCUCUUGGGUGCCUCGCUCUCAUGACUGGCUUCCCUACGUUGAUGUACUACAUGUGGAUUGGAGCCACGUACUACGAUGGAAAACUACCUCUUCCUGAAGAUGGCCAGUCUUUAGUCGACUUUGCGAAGCAUUUGUGCCAUCUUGUCUACACCGGUGCUUUCCCGCAUUUCAGGGCCUGGCGUAUCUACUGGACCUAUAUCAUCUUCGAGGCUGCAUGCUACGUCUUGAUGCCUGGAUUUACAUGCUACGGUAAAUCUCUUCUUCACUUGGGUGGGAAGCAGUUGAAAUACCACUGCUCGGCAUACACCAGCUUCUAUCUCACUAUUCUGGUCAUGACUGUCUUGCAUGCCACCGGGCUAUUUCCAAUUUGGACUUUCCUUGACGAGUUCGGUCCCAUCUUGUCUGUCGCCAUCAUCUCUGGCUUCUGUGUCAGCCUUGUAACAUAUCUUUCCGCUUUUGCUCGUGGCGCUCAACACCGUGUCACCGGCUAUCCGAUUUACGACUUUUUUAUGGGUGCCGAGCUGAACCCUCGCCUAUUUAGAAUCCUGGAUUUGAAGAUGUUCUACGAAGUCCGAAUUCCGUGGUUCAUUUUGUUUGGUCUGAGCUGUGCUGCUGCCGCGCGCCAGUAUGAACGUUAUGGCUACGUUUCUGGCGAAGUUUUGUUUUUGGUCAUGGCACACUUCACCUACGCCAAUGCCUGCGCCAAGGCGGAGCACCUUAUCACCACAACCUGGGACAUGUAUCAAGAGAAGCUUGGAUUCAUGUUGACCUUUUGGAACAUGGCCGGGGUCCCGUUGUCUUAUUGCCACUGCACCCUCUACCUGGCAAACCAUGACCCAUCCACAUAUGCAUGGAACAAGUGGGCACUGACCGGAUUCUUCGUCUCCUAUCUUUUCGUCUACUGUGUUUGGGACAUUGCGAAUAGCCAGAAGAAUUCUUUCAAAAUGAUGGAGCGAGGCACCUGGUCCAAGCGAAAGACCUUCCCACAGCUGCCCUGGCAGGAGGUCCACAAUCCCAAGACCAUUGUGAGCGAGAAUGGGGAUGUUAUCUUGGCCGAUGGCGUUUACGGACUUGCACGCAAGCUGCACUACAGUUGCGAUAUGUUCUUCGCUAUCUCUUGGGGUCUGAUUACUGGCUUUGACAGCCCUUUCCCCUGGUUCUAUCCGGUCUUCUUUUGUGUUAUGAUCGCCCACCGGGCCAUGAGGGAUAUCAAUAAAUGCCGGCACAAGUAUGGAGAGGCAUGGAAAGAGUAUGAGAAGCAGGUGCCAUACCUCUUUAUUCCAUAUGUGAUCUAG